GGCCCGGCACCUCGCACACUCACACCCGCACCCGCACCCGCACCCACACACUCACACCCGCACCCACACCCACACCCCGCCCCAGCACCCACACCAUGGCAGCCUCCACCCUGUCCGUCUGCUCCAGCGACCUGAGCUACGGCGGUCGCGUCUGCCUGCCCAGCUCCGGCGACUCCUGCGCCGACCCCUCCUGGCAGGUGGACGACUGUCCCGAGAGCUACUGCGAGCCCCCGUGCUGUGCCCCAGCCUCCUGCCUGACCCUCCUCUGCACCCCUGCGAGCUGCGGGUCCAGCCCCUGCCCAUCAGCCUGCCCCGGCUCCUGCCAGCCCUCGUGCUGCAGCUGCUCCCCCUGCCAGGAGGGCUGCUGUGUGUCUGUCUGCUGCAAGCCCGUGUGCUGCACCCCUGUCUGCUGCAAGCCCGUGUGCUGCACCCCUGUCUGCUGCAAGCCCGUCUGCUGUGAGGCCUCCCCCUGCUGCCAGCCCAGCCCCUGCGCCCCCUCCUGCUGCAAGCCUGUCUGCUGCAAGCCCGUGUGCUGCACCCCCGUCUGCUGCAAGCCCGUCUGCUGUGAGGCAUCCCCUUGCUCAGCCUCCCCCUGCUGCCAGCAGUCUAGCUGCCAGCCCUCCUGCUGCAGCUCCUCCCCCUGCCAGGAAGACAGCUGUGUGUCUGUCUGCUGCAAGCCUGUCUGCUGCAAGCCCGUCUGCUGCACCUCUGUCUGCUGCAAGCCUGUCUGCUGCAAGCCUAUCUGCUGCACCACUGUCUGCUGCAAGCCCGUGUGCUGCACCCCUGUCUGCUGCAAACCCGUCUGCUGCCAGUCCUCCCCCUGCUGCCAGCCCAGCCCCUGCAGACCCUCUUCCUGCGUGUCCCUACUCUGCCGCCCCGUGUGCAGGCCUGCCUGCUGUUCAUCCGCCUCCCUAUGCCAGCCCAGCUGCUGCCCCCAGGCCUCCAGCGUGUCCCUGCUGUGCCGUCCCGUGUGCUCCCGCUGAUGGGAUACGUGACCCUGGGGCGCCGGGCUUAGGCUCCACCCAGGGAUGGUGGGCCUCCCGGCCACCCCUCAGCCCAGCCUUCACCUGUGCUAGGUAGCUGCCCCCACCCACGACGGGGUCCCCUGGAUGUCCACCCUCCUGAGCUGACUUCACCUCCCCCGUCCUAAGAACGCUGACCUUGCGGCUCUCUGGGGUUCCUGCUCCCGGGAUGCACCUCCACCUGCCUGGGUCACCUGCCUUCCCUCCCAGUUCCUCAGCUCGGCUCUGGUCCCCUGGCCUCACCCUCCGACCUGCUGGCACCUCCCCAGACCCCAAUAAACUCAUUUCACCGGC